AUACUGUAUAUUUUACCACUUACAAGCAUGUUUUUGCAUCUAUAAAUUAAUACACUUCAGUGAGUUAUCUUCAUUGUGGCAAGUGCAGAGAGAAAGAUGAAGAUUCUCAUGCUAAAAACUUUCUUUCUCAUUUUUCUCUUUGCUUUUCUAGGAACCCAAGCAAGAACUAUAUCAGAACAUGAACAUCCACGUGACAAAUUGAUGAAGAACAAUUGUGGAAGGACCUUCAGCCCAACAACAGUGUCUCUAGCAUCAUCAUCACGAAGCCAAGAGAUAAAAGGUGCCUCUCCUUGCAACAAAGAGAAUUCCUCCAACUUUGCAAAAAAGACUAAUUAUGAAAGAUCGUCAAAUCCACCACCUCCAUCUCCAAGUUCAUCACCACCAACCAAACAAAUAUCAAAGGCUUUUCCUCGUGGUGAAGAUCAUUCCUUCAAUUUUUUGGCAAGAAUGGAUCAGUAUGGAAGGACCUCAAGUCCACCACCGCCAUCGCCAACAUCAUCACCACCAACCCAACAGAUAUCAAGGGCCUUUCCUUGUGGCGAAGACCAUUUGUGCAAUUUUUUUGUAAGAUCUCAUUAUGGAAGGACUUCAAGUCCACCACCGCCAUCCCCAACAUCAUCACCACCAACUAAGGAGAUAUCAAAGGCUUUUCCUCGUGGCGAAGAGAAUUCUUGUAACUUUUUGGCAAGAAUGACUCAAUAUGGAAGGACCUCAAGACCACCUCCGCCGUCCCCAGCAUCAUCACCACCAACCCAAGAGAUAUCAAGGGCCUUUCCUUGUGGCGAAGGGCAUUUCUGCAACCUUUUGGCAAGAAUGACUCAAUAUGGAAGGACCUCAAGUCCACCACCGCCAUCCCCAACAUCGUCACCGCCAACCCAACAGAUAUCAAGGACCUCUAGUUGUCCUCCCGGGUAUCCUUGCAACGUCCUAAUCAUGACAACAAGCUAUGAACGGACCCCAAAUGCUCCACCUCCACCGCCAAAAGAAGCUCCGCCAAGCCAUCAAAUAACUAGGCUACCAAUGACUGACUACGGCAAGACAGCCACUCCACCACCUCCAUCUGCAAAGCCAUCAGCUCCGACCCACCAACUAUCAAGUAUUGGGCUGUUACUAAGAAAAUCGCCUCCAAAUUCCAACUUAGCUUCUAUCUGAAAUGAUUUUAAUUCAUGGAAGUACUAGGCAGAUAGUCUAUCUCAGUAUCUUUACUUGGCUUGUGAUAUUAAUUGAAGUGUGUGCCACUAGAACUAUAGAUUAGAGGGCAUAGAUCAGGUGAAUUAGUAAUCACUCAGUUGUGCCAAUGAAUAGAAUAUGUAUAUUCGGAAUAGUGAACUUGUAUAAUAUAUCAGAAAGGUAAUCGGCUUUUUAGUGCAGAGUGUGUUAUUAACUAUUGUAAGACUAGUCUUAUUGAAAUAAAAAAUGAAACCCAAUUUUCUGUUGGGCCAUUUUGUGAA